AAAAAGGAGAAUACAGAAAUGAAGAAGAGAAAUAAAGCCAAAAGAAACAAAAAAGGUGAAAAGAUAAAUAACAGAAGAGGUGGGAAGCAUUCAACUUCCUUGAUAAUUUCUACAAGAAUGGUGAAUGAUACAUGUGUAAAGGAAUUGGCCACUUUGGCCGCAAUAUUGGGAAACCAAGUAAGGAAUGUUUUCAUGAUUGCCAACAGGGCAAUCCUUGCUAAUAAUGUUAAGCGGUUGAAGAAUGGAAAAAGUAAUGAAUUCAUGAUACCCUUAGACAGAUUAAUAAAUAGUCUUGGUGGAAAUUCAUCUAAUUUAACUUGCAGUGGGCAAACUGUACCUGAUAAUGAUCCGAUUAGAGUGACGUUGAAUGUGCUGAUUAGCUGUGAGGCUAAAAUCAAAGAAGCAUGCAUAAAUACACUUUCAGAUGAUGAUAUCUCCAGAAUAACAGCAUGUCAAACUACCUCAACAAACUACAGAGAUGAAUAUAACAAACUGCUCAUUCCUUCUGGAUCAACUCAGGCAGCAAAGAUUUGUGUAUCUACUGCUGACAGCAAACUUCAGCAGUUGAAACAAAAUGUUCAAGAAUGCAAUUUCUUAACAGCAGCUAAUAGUAGUGCAAAAAACCAGCCAAGUGAAAGAGCUAACUGUAAUACUGUAUUUUCAGCCUGUAGGACAGCAGAAAGGGAUACAAUUCCACUAAUAAGCAGAUGCAUUUCAUGUGCCUCAUCAGCAAGCUCAACAUCUCUAUUACCAAGCCCAACAUCUAUAUCAAGUCCAGCUAUGUCAAGUUCAUCUUCUUCUAGCACUCCAGCAUCGCCUAGCACAUCACCAGCAGUUCCUGGGAUCCCUCCAGCUCAAGAAUUAAAUCUCUUACAAAGACUUAGGCUUGAUUUAAACCAGGUCAUCUUUAAAUUGGACUUUGCUUUACUACAAUCUGGGUUUAAUCCCGAUAUUGUGCCUGGAAGGGUUGCAAGAUCCACUUUGCAGAGAAUGGCAGUAGACGGAGCAGGAUGUGUUUUCUUGAAUUUUGCAAUGAUGGCUGCAAACAAAUCUGCCAACGCUGUUGGCUAUGAUAUAAACAACCUUAAUCUCCAGUUUGUUCCCUCAACUAUAGAUCGUCUAACUGCAAUUCAUACAAGACCAACACUAGAAGAAGAUUUAGAAUCUUGUGAUACAUCUGUAGGCAACUCGGAUACUGGAGCUUUGAAUAGCAUUAGGUUAUUACUUUCCUGGUUUAAACUUUGGCUUAGAGAUGUCAUUGAAGUACGAAUACAAUUUUUAAGUUCAACUCUUGGUGUUACCACAGCUUCCACAACAAGGCUACCAACUACAAGGCCAGAAACAACAACCUCAGCAAAAACUACAAUUACAACAAUAAAAACUUUAACUACGACUUCAACUACAAAAAUAACUACAACAACUCCAACUUCAACUCCAACUACAACUCCAACUCCAGCUCCAGCUUCAGCUCCAGCUCCAGCUCCAGCUCCAGCUCCAGCUCCAGCUCCAGCUCCAGCUCCAGCUCCAGCUCCAGCUCCAGCUCCAGCUCCAGCUCCAGCUCCAGCUCCAGCUCCAGCUCCAGCUCCAGCUCCAGCUCCAGCUCCAGCUCCAGCUCCAGCUCCAGCUCCAGCUCCAGCUCCAGCUCCGGCUCCAGCUCUUUAACUACAACUACAUCUACAACUACAACUACAACUACAACCACAACUACAACUGCAGAAACCAUGCCUAGAACUGAAUAAACCAUGCCUACAACUGAAAAAAACCCAUGAAUAAUUAUUAAUGUUUUAUAUCUUUUUGCAAACUAUAUCUUAAAGGAACUUAAA